AUGAAACCCGUCCACUUCGAAGCAGAGAGAAGUCUCGCCAAGGAUUUCCUUUCAAACUUCGCCGACGCAAAUGGCGAAGCUAAAUACAUGAACAUUAUUCAAGAUGUUGCAAAUCAUAAGAUUCGCGCCGUUCAGAUCGAUCUCGAAGACCUAAUUAAUUACAAGGACUUGGAUGAGGAGUUCCUUAGACGAGUUACUGAGAACACGCGUCGUUAUGUUGGGAUUUUUGCUGAUGCUAUCGAUGAAGUGUUGCCGGAGCCGACUGAGGCAUUUCCGGAUGAUGACCAUGAUAUUUUAAUGACACAGAGGUCUGAGGAUGCAACCGAGAAUGUUGAAGGUUCUGAUGCGAAUCAGAAGAUGCCUUCAGAGAUUAAGCGUUACUUUGAAGUUUAUAUUAGAGCACCUUCAAAAGGGCGGCCAUUUACUAUCAGAGAGGUCAAGGCUUCAUGUAUUGGCCAACUUGUGAAGAUAUCUGGUAUUGUGACCCGUUGCUCAGAUGUUAAGCCACUAAUGCAGGUAGCUGUGUAUACAUGUGAAGAAUGUGGUUUUGAAAUUUACCAGGAAGUAACUGCUCGAGUCUUCAUGCCCUUGUUUGAGUGCCCAACUACGCGCUGCAAAACAAACAACACGAAGGGGAACCUUAUUCUUCAACUCAGAGCAUCUAAGUUUCUGAAGUUUCAGGAGGCCAAAAUUCAAGAGUUAGCAGAACAUGUUCCAAAAGGCCACAUUCCGCGAUCGAUGACUGUUCAUUUCAGAGGAGAACUCACAAGAAAGGUAGCACCAGGUGAUGUCGUUGAAUUAUCAGGGAUCUUUCUUCCGAUACCUUACACUGGUUUCAGAGCAAUGCGUGCUGGCUUAGUUGCGGACACAUAUUUGGAGGCCAUGUCUGUUACUCAUUUCAAGAAAAGAUAUGAAGAGUUUCAUGGAAUGAAUUUUCACCUUACUGAUGUUACUAUUGGAGGAGGUAUGUCCAUCUUGGAUGAAGCUACAUUGGCAAGGCUUGUUAUUGUUUCUUAUGAACUCAGAGGAGAUGAAGAAGAGCAGAUUGCACGUCUCUCUGAGGAUGGAGAUAUCUACAAUAAGUUGGCACAAUCAUUGGCACCUGAAAUCUAUGGACAUGAAGAUAUUAAAAAGGCUUUACUUCUUCUCCUCGUGGGUGCUCCUCAUCGGAAGCUAAAGGAUGGGAUGAAGGAACUCAAUGAAUUGCAGAUUAGAGGAGAUUUACAUUUAUGUUUGAUGGGUGAUCCUGGUGUUGCCAAAAGUCAGCUUCUGAAGCAUAUAAUAAAUGUAGCACCCAGGGGAGUGUACACAACUGGCAAAGGGAGCAGUGGAGUUGGUCUAACUGCUGCUGUUCAGAAAGAUCCAGUUACAAAUGAGAUGGUCCUGGAAGGGGGAGCAUUGGUUCUGGCUGAUAUGGGUAUAUGUGCUAUUGACGAGUUUGACAAGAUGGAUGAAUCAGAUCGUACAGCAAUUCAUGAAGUUAUGGAGCAGCAAACUGUCAGCAUUGCCAAGGCUGGGAUUACAACAUCACUCAAUGCGAGAACUGCUGUUCUUGCUGCUGCUAAUCCUGCUUGGGGAAGAUAUGAUCUACGAAGAACUCCAGCAGAAAAUAUCAAUCUACCUCCUGCUCUUCUAUCACGAUUUGAUCUUCUUUGGUUGAUCCUUGAUCGAGCAGAUAUGGACAGCGACCUUGAAAUGGCAAGGCACAUUGUUUAUGUGCACCAGAAUAAAGAAUCUCCUGCUCUUGGUUUCACUCCACUUGAACCAUCUAUUCUCCGUGCAUAUAUUUCUGCUGCUAGAAGAUUGUCCCCUUAUGUGCCUAAGGAACUGGAGGAAUACAUUGCUACUGCAUACUCAAGCAUUCGUCAAGAAGAAGCUAAAUCAAACACUCCUCAUUCCUACACUACUGUCAGAACUCUGCUUAGCAUACUCCGCAUAUCAGCUGCCUUAGCAAGACUUCGAUUUUCGGAAACUGUGGCUCAGAGUGAUGUGGAUGAGGCACUAAGGUUAAUGCAGAUGUCAAAAUUCUCUCUAUAUUCUGAUGACCGUCAGAGAUCUGGUCUGGAUGCCAUCUCAGACAUCUAUUCAAUCUUGCGGGAUGAAGCUGCCAGAGCCAAUAAAAUGGAUGUGAGCUAUGCCCAUGCACUCAACUGGAUUUCUAGAAAGGGAUACAGUGAAGCUCAGUUGAAAGAAUGUUUAGAGGAAUAUGCAGCCUUAAAUGUCUGGCAGAUACAUCCCAACACCUUUGAUAUUCGAUUUAUCGAUGCCUGA